GGUAGGAAGAUCCAACAUGGCGGAUGGAGAAGCGGAGAAAGAACUUACUGCAAAACAGCGGAAAAACCGAAAGAAGAAGGAAGCUGCAAAGCGUAAAAAGCAGGAACAGAAACUUCAGGAGUCAGUCAAUGUUUCAACAGAAAAUACACCUGAAAAUGUCGGAGAUAAAACACAAGAAGCUGGUCAGUCAGCAGAAGACAAGUUUCAGUGCGAGCUGAAUUGGUGCAUCGAACAACUUGAAAUGGGUCUCGCUUUUCAGAAACCUGACAAAAGACAAGCUGAAGUUGUUCAGCGUCAUUUGAGAUCUUUAAACUCUUCUAAAACACCCAUGGUAAGUGCACUGUAUUUGCCUUCCUCUUUCCUAUGUUCUGAAUACAAAGAUACAAAACCUCAGUUUGCUAGUGGGGUGGUUCUUGUCCAAGAAGUUUUUACACAACAUAACCAGAGCGACNUCUUCAAGGUCAGCUUUUCCAUUCUUACCGUGUCAAAAUGA